UCUGCGGCCCGGCUACGAAGGACCCCCAACAGCCGCAGUGGCACGUGUGAAACAUAGAUGAGCAUUCGGUUUCAUUUUCAUCUAAUCGCAUAUAAUCUCUGGUCGUUGGGAUUGUGAAAUACUUCGAAAUAUUACUAUUAACUAGUGGUUUGUACAGAUAAGAACACACGCAAGCACACACUGCUCCAUCCACUUUCAUUUCACAUUUUCAGUUUUCUUCUUCGCUCAUUUAUGGUUGCUGGUGCAGCUACUAUAGAGUUUAUGCUUUGAGAUUCUUGGGUUCAUUUAAGUGUCCAGUAAAUGGGGUCAGAAGGGCCUCCAGCAGUAACAAUACAUGUGACAGGGUUUAAGAAAUUUCAUGGUGUUUCAGAAAAUCCAACUGAGACGAUUGUCAAUAAUUUACCGGAGUAUGUCAAAAUCAAAGGUUUACCAAAAGGGGUGACUCUAGGGAGUUGUAGUAUUCUCGAGACUGCUGGUGAGGGAGCAAUCACUCCUUUAUACCAGGCACUGCAAAGUGCUUUGACCAGAAAGGACUCAGACUCGUCAAACAGUGGCAAAAUUAUCUGGGUUCACUUUGGUGUUAAUAGUGGUGCAACAAGGUUUGCUAUCGAACAUCAAGCCUUCAAUGAAGCUACUUUUCGUUGUGCGGAUGAGAUGGGAUGGAAGCCUCAGAAAGUUCCCAUAAUUCCAGGAGAUGGAGCAAUUUCAAGAACGAGAAAGACCUCUCUUCCGGUCGAGGAGAUUACAUAUUCUUUAGCAAAGAUGGGUUUUGAGGUCAUGGCCUCUGAAGACGCUGGCCGGUUUGUUUGCAACUAUGUCUACUAUCACUCAUUGCGUUUUGCGGAGCAGAACGGGAUUUUAUCACUCUUUGCACAUGUUCCCUCCUUCUCAACCAUAGAUGAGGAGACCCAAAUGCAAUUUGCUGCUUCCUUAUUGGAAGUACUUGCGACUCUAAAUUAAAUGUCCACCGCAUGCAAUACCACAUCCUCAUUGAAGAUUGCUGCCUCGUAGGAAAUUGCUCAGUAGACUAAUUGUCCAAUGUAUUUAAUUUGCCACUUCCGUGCUGGAGGUCCUCGAAUUUAUAUUCUAAUGUAUCUGGAAAUUCUCGACUCUGGUACCACAGUUUCAUGUAACAUAUAUAUUUAUCUCAUAUGUUAUAUCCCUGAUGUAUGAGCUAAAUUGUUGUUUCAAUAAACAACUCUGCGUAUGCAGAGAUUGGGAAAUAUAUUAUAUAGGGCAGUGUUUGUGACAAAAGUUAUUAAGAAGCUUGUUCAUGUACUAAGAUAUUAUCCCCCAAAUUUUGUGAGUGUUGAUGUUUUGUA